CACCUGGGUGCUGUCACCCAUGCCCCCAGCCUUCCCACAGCCCCCUUCCUAAACUCUCUCCAUUCCCAUUACCUCAGAUCCCACAGUCUGCAUUUCUCCCCCACCGCCCUCCAUGGACCAGUGCCUGCUGGGGCCACAGCUGGUCAGGGUAGGAUACAGGGUGAAUGGUCCGUUCCCAUAGGAUGUACCUGCCUGCUUUGCUGGACACCGCUGCCCUGCCUACAUGCUUUGAGUCUGACCCAAUGAGGCCGAGGCCAGCUUCCUGCUCCUCUGAAGCAGACCAAGAGACCAGAGGCAGCCUAAAUGAGUGAGCCUGAGGCCCCAGCACUGAAUGGGGUGGGCUGGCCCUGCGGGCACCUGUGGAGCCAUGUUCAUGGGAAGGGCCUGUGCACUGAGCUCGUGCCCAGGACAGAGCAGUGAGGCCCACAUGUCCCUGUGCUGCCACAGCUGCAGCAGCCCUCCUCACCCAUACACAAGGCUGGUGGCUUUCCACCUGGACACUUCCCACUGAGAAUGCUCCCCUGUCCAGCCAUGUCCAGUCACGGCACUCCAGUCCUCCAAGUGUGGAAAGAGGAGGUCCCUGUGCUGCACCUCCACAGCCCACCUGCCAUUUUGGACUCCUCCUGUGGCAAAGGGAUGGCUCUGUUUUCCGUGGGGUAGUUGUACUGGUAGGUAGAGCACAGGCUGUGGCUGGGAGGUCAUUCCAUAAGAGGCCACAGUGGCUCAGGCCAUGGUUUGGAUCUGGUGCCCUGUGGGGACAUUACACCAGCCACAGAGCCACCUGCCUAGAUGUUCAGCCUUGCAGCAGUACCUGCACAGUAGAGAGCAGCAGCUUGGCCAUGCUUGUUUCUGGAAGCUUCUUCCAAGAGUUAAGUGGGAGUUAUUCGUAAUCCCAAGGGUAGGGGCUUGGGCUUUAGCUCAGCAGCAUAAGCACCUGCCUUGCAAGCAGGCAGUCAUGAAUUCGAUCCCUGGUACCAAUAAAAAAAGAAAAAGACCAAAAAAAAAAAAAAAGUGGGAUAUCUGUAAUCCCAAGGGCUCAGAAGGCUGAGGCAGGAGGAUCACUGAAUUCAAGGCCAGCCUGCACUACAUACUGAGACCCUGGGUCAAUUAAAAACAAAGUUAAAUGGGGUGACCUGUGGUAAAAUGCUUAAAAACCACAGUGUGAACUCUGUGUGUGCAUACCUGUAAUCCAGCAUUUAGGAGGCUGAGGCAAGAGGAUACAUGUGAAUUCAGAGCCAGUCUGGGAUACAUAACAAGUCCAUGGGGGCUUGAGCUGCAUAUCAAGACCAAAACUCACAGUGUGGUAGACAGAAAAUGGUCAUUUCAGUGCUGCAAGCCACUGUAUUCAUCCCUCCCCAAUUACACACCCAUCCUGUGCUGCUGAGCCCAGCACAUCCUGAUAGAACCCAGGGUGCUGUCUCAACACAGCCUAAAGAUUUGACAGAGGAACAGUUGAGGCACAGCAUGAUCAUGUUUUGCUGGGAGAACUUUGUACCCACAGCUCACAACCAGAAGCCACUGAAAUUAAUAUGGUGGCCUCUAAUGUUUUUCAGAUGAGAUGAAAUAAACUUCGUAGGUCCACAAAGACAAGCCUCCUUUUUGCCCUCAGGCCUGCAGUGAACGUCACCACGCAUUUAGCCGGUACAGAGCUGACAGACCAGGACCAGGGCCCUGUGCCUGUGUUUUGCGGCCCCCCGUGGCUCAGCGGGGCUACAGCCUUCCAGCUUGGCACAGCUCCCUGCCCAGCUUUGGCCUAGCCAGCAGCACUGGCCUUGCAGACAGCAGCUGCUGAGAUCACUGUGACUCUGGUGGGAGACCCAACUCAAUCCCUCUUCCACCCUGCUGGGGUGGCAAACUGCUGGCUCUGCUCUCUGGAGGGCACUCAGUGGGUUCAGGGCACAAAGGCCCUUGGUUUAGAAGUGCCCCGUGCAGGAACAGAUGCACUCUUUCUCCCAUGCUGGUGGCAGCACAGAGUGACAGCCACCAUGGGAGGAGUUUGGUGACAUCUACCAGAUCACCACUGCUGUAGCCUCUUGACUCAGCCAUUGUGUUUCUGGAAGUCUACAACCAUGCACUGGUCAUGCACCAGCCUUGUGGUUACCGACUCCUGAGGUUGUCUCAUGUUGGUAGCAAGUGUCUGUGCUGGAAAGACUGGAAACCCCCACUGGUCAGGGAAUGUGGUUACAUAAAACCCUACAUAUCACACCAUGGCAGGGUAUGCAGCCACUCCUCAAAGGGGUUUCCCAGGGGCAGGGUCUCUAGGAUAUGUUCAGGAAGAAGGGGAAGAUAUGAAGUCAAGGGUACCCCUAGGGAGUGCCCCACACCUAGGGGGUACCAGUGGGCACACAUCACCUGGGGAUCAGGCCAGCCUCACCUACCGAAGGUUCUGAGUACGGAGAGGCAGAGAUCUGACUCCUUGGGGAUACGGUGUCCAUAAAACGAGGUGUCCCUGGAGUGGGGGUGUAGGAGGCCCUUUUGAUCCAGUAAGGCCUGCAAUGCUGGAGGCCCAGAAAGGAGAGAUCUGCUGAUGCCAAGCUUCCCACCACUCUCAGGCCUGGUCAAGAGCCAAGUCUACUCCACAACAAGAGAUGAACGCAGAUGGGGCUCUCAGGAACCAGAGAGCAGAGGGAGGGGCUGGGCCAAGGGUCAGUGACAGACCCCAGGCCCAAUGUGCAGGGGCUGCAACCAGGAAGCUGAGGCAGAGACACAUCUAACCCCAACAGCACCCGAAGCCCCAGCUUAUCCCUGGGCUCCCUUUGAGCCCUCUCCAGGACUACUGUGGUUUCCUCCUGGAGCCUCUGGUCUCUGCUAGCAGUGCUCCCCCUGCACUAAUGGCUCAGCCUAGGGCUGCAGGGACUUCCCUGCCCUCCAGGCCGUUCUGCUGCCCCCAGGCCCCCCUCACUGCUGAAACCCAAUCCUCUGCUGCAGCUCCACUCAGCAUCGCUCCACGCAGCUCCACAGCCCCUGCUUGCCAUCACUGCUCAUAUCCUACCUGGUCCUUGCUGCAGUGCCCGGCGCUGAGCCACCGCCUGUUUCCAGAGAAGGCUGAGCUGGACCCUCAGGUCAUCUCUUCCUGUCUCCCCAGGCCAGUGCCUCCCUCCUGCUCACCUUGGCUCUUCUCCCACCCUCUUCUCUGCUCACUUCAUCCCUUUCUGACCACCUAAAUCCUGCUUUGCCGCCCACCCUCCUCCCUCCAAGCCACAGAUUUCCUCUCUGCCCUCUCCCUCUCCAGCUCCAGCCAUGAAGGGUCCCUCAGGGCUGGAGGAGGCUCAGAGGCCCAGCUCGGACAUCCACGUGUUCGCCAGCAGCUGCACACUGCACGGGCUGGGCCAUGUCUUUCGCCCUGGUGGCCUCACCCUGCGCCGCGGGCUGUGGGCCUCGGCCGUGCUCCUGUCGCUGGCAGCCUUCAUCUACCAGGUGGCGGAGCGGGUGCAGUACUAUGGGGAGUUCCACCACGAAACAGUCCUGGACGAGCGUGAGAGUAACCAGCUCACCUUCCCAGCCGUCACCCUGUGCAACAUCAACCCCCUGCGCCGCUCACGCCUCACCCCCAAUGACCUGCACUGGGCUGGACCCGCGCUGCUGGGCCUGGACCCCGCGGAGCACACCGCCUUCCUGCGCGCCCUGGGCCGGCCGCCUGCACCGCCCGGCUUCAUGCCCAGUCCCACCUUUGACAUGGCACAGCUCUAUGCCCGCGCUGGCCACUCGCUGGAGGACAUGCUGCUGGACUGUCGCUACCGUGGCGAGCCCUGUGGGCCCGAGAACUUCACCGUGAUCUUCACCCGGAUGGGACAGUGCUACACAUUCAACUCUGGUGCGAGUGGGGCAGAGCCACUCACCACCUCCAGAGGGGGAGCUGGCAAUGGCCUGGACAUCUUGCUGGAUGUGCAGCAGGAAGAGUAUCUGCCAGUGUGGAAGCCCAUGGAUGACACCCCGUUUGAGGUGGGGAUCAGAGUGCAGAUCCACAGCCAGGAGGAGCCUCCUAUCAUCGACCAGCUGGGCUUCGGGGCAGCCCCUGGCUACCAGACUUUUGUGUCCUGCCAGAAGCAGCAAGUAUCCUCCCUUUGCUCCAAGUCAGCCCAGCCCCCUUCUUCCUCCUGCACCCCUGCAGUCUCUCAGCCCUUUAGCCUGGCUCCAAACUCCAGUGACUUUUCCCUGUCCCAGAACCUCCUUAACCCUAUCCUUCCACAGCUGAGCUUCCUGCCCCCACCGUGGGGUGACUGCAGUUCCACCUUUAUGGACCCCAACUUAGAGGAACCCUCUGAUCUUCUGGGUUCCCUCAGUCCCAGUUCCAACCCCAGCCCUCCUUAUAGCCUAAUGGGGUGUCGCAUGGCCUGUGAGGCCCGCUAUGUGGCUCGGAAGUGUGGGUGCCGGAUGAUGCAUAUGCCAGGCGGCGCACCCGUGUGCAGCCCCCAGCAGUACAAGGAUUGUGCUGGCCCAGCCCUGGACGCAGUGGUGAGGAAGGAAACGUGUGCCUGCCCCAACCCGUGCGCCAUCACGCGCUACGCCAAGGAGCUCUCCAUGGUGCGGCUCCCGAGCCGCGCCGCCGCCCGCUACCUAGCCCGGAAAUUCAACCGCAGCGAGGCCUAUAUCAUAGAGAAUGUGCUUGCUCUGGACAUCUUCUUUGAGGCCCUCAACUAUGAGACGGUGGACCAGAAGAAGGCCUAUGAGAUGUCAGAGCUGCUCGGUGACAUUGGGGGCCAGAUGGGGCUCUUCAUCGGAGCCAGCCUGCUCACCAUCCUGGAGAUCUUAGACUUCCUCUGUGAGGUGUUCCAGGACAGGGUACUGGGGUACUUCUGGAACCGAAGGCGCUCCCAAAGACACUCUGGCACCAACCUGCUUCAGGAGGGGCUGGCUGGCCAUGGGACUCAUGUCCCCCACCUCAGUUUGGGCCACAGGCCUCCCACCCCUCCCUGCGCAGUCACCAAGGGGCUCUCCACCUCCCACCGCACCUGCUACCUAGUCACACGGCUCUAGAGCUGCAGUCCAGGGCCUGAGGGCCACACUCCGUCUGUGCGUCUGUGCUACCUUCACCCCAAAUAAAGCCUGUGUGCAUCCA